UCUUAGCGACCUCUCGGUUGCUUGUACUCGCGCGUGUCAGUUCUCGCGGGAAAGAGGGCUGCGACUCGUCCCCUGUUCUUGUCCAUUUCAGUUAAGGGCGCUGCCAGUCCUAGGGGUGCUUUAUUUUUUUUUUUUACCCGGGGCCUAACAUUGCAUGACACAUAUAACAACAGUCUGCCUCGACCAUUAUCCGUGCGUUCCACGAGGGCUCCACUGGGUCCCUGUGGACCCCGGAACUCCAGCGUCGCUCGCCGGUGAUUGACAGGAUGGACAGCCCUGGGGGCGCGCCGGCGCAGUAGCUCUGGGAGAGCUUCCGGGACGGUGCCCUGGGACAUUUUUGGCGCGAGCGGGGACGACGGCCGGUUGGGUGUGGCCCGUACUCCACAUUCUGGGUCUUGGGGCGCCAUGCGCUACAACGAGAAGGAGCUGCAGGCGCUGUCUCGGCAGCCGGCCGAGCUCGCAGCCGAGCUGGGCAUGCGGGGCCCCAAGAAAGGCAGCGUGGUGAAGCGGCGGCUGGUGAAGCUGGUUGUUAAUUUCCUCUUCUACUUCCGGACGGAUGAGGCCGAGCCCGUCGGAGCCCUGCUGCUGGAGCACUGUAGAGUCACCCAGGAAGAGCCCAGCGACUUCUCCAUCUGCUUCAUCGAGGACCCGGAGAGGAAGUACUACUUUGAGUGCUGUAGCGAGGAGCAGUGUCAGGAGUGGAUGGGGGCUCUUCGUCGAGCCAGCUACGAGUUCAUGCGCAGGAGCCUCAUCUUUUAUAGAAACGAGAUCCAGAAGAUGACCGGCAAGGACCCCCUGGAGCAGUUCGGCAUAUCAGAGGAGGCCCGGUUCCAGCUGAGCGGCUAGAAGGCAUUAGUCUGGUUUCAGGCUCCUCAGCUUUACUCACCGGUGCUGAAAGGAGUCCCCUGCCCCACAUCCUGGCCGGGGCCUGGGCUUCCUCCUCAAGCCUGGAUUUGUGGAACGAGGUGUUUUGGCUUAGAGACUUCGAAAGCCCCAGGCUGCUGAGGGUGGUCAGGGGCUGUGCCUUGGGACCCACCAGACUUAUCUGGCACCUCUUGGUGCCACAUGCUGCUGCCAGCGAAUGAGUGUCCACUCCCAGGAGCUGUGCCUGGUCCCUUGGACACAUCUAUCCAGGGCCUGACGAGUGUCUGAGGCCAGCGCAGCACAGGCUGGAUGUAUGAAGCUAGAUGAUGCUGUGUAGGGCCACGGGGCUGUGCCUCCUGGGCUAUGAAUUCUGCUGAGAGCCAGGCCCUGGCUGGAUGCCUCUGGGCAGAGCUGGGAGCGUUUGCCUUUGGGCUGGUGUGCUUAUUUUAUUCAAAUAAAGGUACCUCUUUUCCACAUGGGUUGGUGGUGCAGAGGAACACGUGCCCACCACAGGCCCGUGGAGCUGGCUCCUGAAGGAAAUAAGCCUCUUGGGGGACGGGUCUUCAACAGGCCUGAGGUUUAAGUGCCUGGGAAGAAGGGGCUGGGCUGCCCAAAUGGGGAGGAGACCAAUAACCCAGGAAAGUCAGGGAGGCUAGGAGCCCGGCCCACGGGGCCUCUGGUGCUCACAGGCCCUAAGGUGGGAUGGAGGCGGGGAUGUGAUGGGAUUCUCAGGUGGCCCUUGAUCCCACCCCUUGUCACAGGCCUUCCCCUUGAGUGCACGUGGGACCUCAGGAAGGGUUUUGCCCAUGUCUGAGUCCUAGUGAAGUUGGUUUUUUAGUUCAUCAAAAGGGCUGUCCUUCGGGUGCCGGACCUAGUCAGGUGUAAGCCCGGUAGGGGCUGGGCCUCUCUGAGGUGGGUGCUCGCUGUCUGCCACAGUCACAGCAGCUGCUUUGAGGAGCAUGUGGGGACUCUGUUGGGAGUGACCAUCCUUUACACCUGGGGCCCUCAAGGCUAUGGUCUCACCAUGUGAUAACCAGGAAGAAAUUCCAAUAGACCAGGUUGACGUGAAAAGUCUUUUAUUACAGUUUAGAGAUGGAAAUCAGACUGCAGUGGGGUUCCCUCAGGGAAAGAAGGCCACACCAGCACCCCCAACUGAAACAGUCUAUUAGAACCACAAAGCAGGCAGGGCCCCAACUGAGUUAAUAGUCAAGGUUGAGGCUGAAUGGGAAUCAUGGCGGGGUGGGGUGGGGUAUGAACAAGAAACAGCCUCCUACAGCAAGUGGCGCGGAUAAAUAAAGGGGUGAGUGGGUCUUAAAUAAGUUACAAGUCAUAGCUGAAAGGAAGUCUGGCUCCUCCUGACCGGGAGGGUCGUCCAAGUUAGGUUUCCUGAGCAAAGUGCCCUUGCAGCCCUGGGCUUCCCUGAAGUUGCCCAUGGUCACAGAAGCACUGGGUCUCUGCACAGAGACCAGACCCCACUCCUCAUGGGGCCUAAUGGCCUUCCCUCCCUGGCGGCCAAGAGUGGCCGAUCGAUCUCCCAGUCAGGAGGGUAUGGGGGCUCAGAGGGUGGGCACAGAAAGACCCCCAGUGCUAACUACUGUGGGCAGAUAGGGCGUGUCAGUAGGAAGUCCCCCACGGUGGCCGAUGGUCACGCAGAAGGGAUGCAGUGUUGAGUACAGGGUUGCUUGGUGCCAGACCAGGGGCUCGCCAUGUACUGUGACUGCUGUUGUCAGCCUUGCAGCUUUUUUAGGGGGCCUUGUGCUCCUGAUGAGGGAGGAUGUGGGGUUUGGGGUGAACACAGCACCUUCGUGCACUGACCAGGAGGGAAGGGAGCCAGGGCAGCUGGUUCCAAGAACCUGACCGAGCACCAUCUUCAGCCUGGAUUUGCUCUGGGCCAGGCACCACCUCAGGUUAUACAGGAGGCAGGGUCUCCCAGGCGUCCCCCCCACUCCCAUCAGCCAAGGCCUGCCUUGCCCCCAAGGAUCAGGAGGGAGUGGCUCCCACACCAACCCUCCCAGGCAGGGGCCUGGCAGAAGCCCCUGUUGGCCAGGCUGGGGAAUGUGGAGCUCAGGCCUUUAAUCCAAGAACAGGUCAAAUUCCUAUGCACAGCCCUACCUUUAGAAAGAGGACUUUCUUUGUUCCUUGGGGAGGGUGGGAGGGUAUCACCUCCUGGGGGCAAGCACCUGAGGCCCAGGCUCUGACUGCACCUGCCCAGCCCUUUCUGGAGCUCCCACAAUGGGGUCCUGAGGGCUUCUGGACUCGCUUUUUCAGGGACUCUACAGACAACAGAUCCAGAACUAGUUAGAGAUGGCUGUGCUGGAGGGACCCAAGAACCUUGCUGGCAACCCUGGAAGCAUCAGCAACAGCUCUCCUGCCUUCCUGCGAAGCCUGCCUCUGCCCUUCCCGCACACCCCCGGGCACGAGUUCCCAAGCACCAUGGAGGCUACUCCAGUGGGGACAGGUGUCACCCCAGCUGCGGGGUUGGAAGGCCAGUGGAAACAUGGAGCAGUGGCAUGGGCUGACCAGAGGGACAAGGGGUGCUCUGGCCCUGGGCCAAUGCCACUUGUGUGCACUUGAAUAAAUAAAAAAGUCUCCCCCCUCA